AUGGCCACCACCGGAGGCUGCUUGUGCGGUGAGAUCAAGUACGAGUACACCGGCGAUGUUGCCUUGAAGGGGUUCUGCAAUUGCAAAGAUUGCCAGCGUUGGGGUGGUGCCACUGGUCUUCCAAAUGUAGUGGUUUCGCGGACCGCCUUCAAGGUGACUGCUGGCGAACCAAAGACCUUUGACGUUGUCGGAGGCAGUGGAAAGAUCAACAAACAUUUCUUUUGCGGGACAUGUGGCUCAAGUUUGUACUGUGAACUGGAGGUGAUGGAGAGUAUGACUUGCAUCAAGGCGGGUAGCUUGGACGAACCAGAUGUCAAGGAAAUGCAGGUUGAAUUCUAUGUUAAGGACCGCGUUAGUUACCAAAAACCACAAGAAGGUGCGAAGCAGGUCCCCGCCUUCGGUUGA